AUGUCAGCAAUUAUUAACGAUCAGAAUUUUCACCAUGAUAUUUAUUCUAUUCUAAGUCCAGCGUUUGGAUACCGUUUCUCUGAAAAUCACCUACAAAAGAUCUUAGCCGUACUUGAAUUCUAUUGUCGGUAUCGUAAUCAUCUCAUCGAAUUUGAUCUGAUUAGAAAAGGGAUUACUGAACAAGAUUUAACUGAUCUUUGGACACCUGAUUUUGAUUUUGUUCUCUCAUUCAAACUUGAAUUUUGGCCAGAAGAUUUACACUGGUUUCUCAAACGGUUUGAAGAACACCGUCCUUUACUCUAUGAAAAAAUAAAAACCAUUUAUAUGCAUGUCGUACCAAAAUGGUCUGGAAAAUCGUCAAUAGAAAACAAAAAUAUUGAAUUUCGCUAUUCUUUUUCACUCAUUGAAAUGAAAUUAGCUGCUGAACGUUCCGAAAUUGAACAAAUUUUGAAUCGUGUAGCUCGUGGUCUCUUCUAUAAAUAUCUUCAUAAGUCUGCCGAUGUGAAAUCAGACAAUGAGAAAUAUCUAACAUCUUAUUUUGUAAAGACUACAGUUCUAUGGAUGUGUGAAAUAAUUAAUUUUGAUAGUAUUUAUACUUACACACUCACGACAGAGGAAAAAUUAGCUGAACGAGUGGCGAAACGUUGGAUUGACUUUGCAUGUUCAAAGCUAGAGGAAGGAAACUGUCCGCACUAUUUUAUCAAAGAUUUGAACUUACUGGAAGGCCUCUCCUCUUCAUAUCUCAAACAGCUCUGUACUGUUCUAAAAACGAAAAUCAAUUUCAAAGAUAAUCAAAUGACAGAACUAUCUCACGUUGAACUAGAUGAAAAUCAAUUGAAUAGUUUAAGUCCAAGUCAAAUGGAAACUUUUGCAGAACUCUUCACAUUACCUCAACUUUCGAAUGAUUGUAAAGAACUUUCUAACAAGGUGAUGGGUAGUCAUUCUUCUACAAGAAAUGAAAGUUUGCUUCUAGACAGUGAUACGCAAGGAUUACUGUGUCUAUUUAUGUUAGCAAUGUAUGAUAGUUUUGAAUUAGAUAACUGGACGAGAUGGAAACGAUUAUUUGUUGAUAGUGUAGCAGCUGAAAGUAAACCAGUUCUGUAUCCUCGUGCUGACGAUGAAACUUUAAGUCAAAUAACUAUAAGUCCACUGUAUGUUGUAGCAACGAUGGUAUCAGCUUGCAGUGUAAAAGAAAUUGAUCAACGAAUCUCUGUUUCUAACUUUAACGAACAGCUACAGGCAGCGUAUUCAAGACCAUUCUAUAGUAUGGGGAAUAUGAUACCACAAAUAAUGACACGAAAUAUGCAAAUGCUACAACAAUUGGAUGAUGAAUCGACGAAUCGGACAGUGGCAAAAGAUAUCAUGCCAAUGGUCAAUGAACUUGUUAAUGAAUAUCAGGCAACGGCGCCAAAUUUUUUCAAUCAGUUGUUCUAUUCAGAUCAGCAUUUAACACAAGAAGGAGGAACUACUACUGCAAUACCUGAACUAGUACAGUCUGAGUAUGAUGAGGAUUCUAUACUGUCACAAGUUUGUAUUAUAAGUUAG